AUGGGUUUAUUAGCUGCUGGGACACCAUUGACUUGGUACGAUUCAAGACGUUAUAAUGAACAUGUUAGAACCGAAGGUAUAGAACAACUGCUACAAGUUAUGAAAGCAACCGCAAGUAGAGAUCACGAUCCUUUAUAUUGGGGUGAUGAAUUGGAAUAUAUGUUGAUGGAAAUAGAUGAUACAAAUUGCAACACUAUGCUGGACGUUGUCGAUGAUAAAAUUAUUACUGAUUUAAAUACUGAUGAUUACCAACUUUGCAAAGAUAAUAAUGUUGAAAUACAUCCAGAAUAUGGUAGAUUCAUGGUAGAGGCAACUCCAGGUGGUCCAUAUCACGGCUUAGCUAAUGGACAUUUCGUGGAAAGUAAUAUGGUAGAAAGAAGGAAAAUUAUCGAUUGGAAAUUAAAUCAAUAUGCUAGACGAUUACCAAAGGGUAAAAGAUUAUCUGUAUUGACUAUGACUUCUUUUCCUAGACUAGGUGCAUCAGGUAAAUUUUUGAAUAUUGAAAAUCAAUGGGAUCAUAAGAAUUCUGCAUCAAGAUCCUUGUUUUUACCUGAUGAAGUCAUUAACAGACAUGUUAGAUUUCCAACUUUAACAGCAAAUAUUAGAGUGAGACGUGGUGAAAAAGUAUGCAUAAAUUUGCCAAUGUACAAGGAUAAAUUUACUCCAGAGUAUGAUACUUCCAUACAAGACAGAGAAUGGUUUAUCCCAGAAGAUUUGGAAUCGAAAUUAGCCUCGAAGAAAGGACAUAUCUAUUUGGAUGCAAUGGGGUUUGGUAUGGGUUCAGCUUGUCUACAAAUGACCUUCCAAGCUCCAAAUAUUGAAAAGUCAAGGUUUCUUUACGAUUCUUUAGUGAAUUUUGCUCCUAUUAUGUUAGCUGUCUCUGCAGCUGCACCUGCAUUUAAAGGUUGGUUAGUCGAUCAAGAUGUUCGUUGGAAUGUCAUUUCGGGAGCGGUUGAUUGUCGUACUCCCUUUGAACGUAGUGUAAAACCUAUCUUACCAAAAUAUAAUAAGGAUGGUCUUGGCGGUAUAAAUGAAGAAGAACAAUCAAAAUUGCAAAGAAUUCCAAAAUCCAGAUAUAGUUGUGUUGAUUUGUUUUUAGGUGGUAAAAAUAAACAUUAUAAUCGUACUUAUAAUGACACGGAAGUGCCAAUUAAUGAUAAAGUCUUAAAUAGAUUAUUGGAGAAUGAUAUUUUUCCAUUCGAUUAUGAUUUGGCUAAGCAUUUUGCUCAUCUAUUUAUUAGAGACCCAAUUGCUAUCUAUGAAGAAAGUAUAAAUCAAGAUAAUAUGACCUCAACAAACCAUUUCGAAAAUAUUCAAAGUACAAAUUGGCAAACAUUACGUUUCAAAGUUCCAAAUCAAAAUGCCGUCCCAUCAAAUAAGUGUGCUCCUGGUUGGAGAAUAGAAUUUAGACCACUUGAUGUCCAAAUUACCGAUUUUGAAAAUGCUGCAUAUGCCAACUUCAUCUUCCUUAUAACUGAAGCCAUUUUAAUACUUGGCGAAAAUUUAAAUCCAUAUUUGAAAAUGUCUCAUGUAUGGGAAAAUAUGGAUAAAGCACAUUCAAUGGAUGCUAUAAUAAAAGAAAAAUUCCAUUGGAAAGAUACCUUCAAUACCGAAAGUUCGACCACUUCAUUAAUGUCAAUCAAUGAAAUUUUCCAUAACAGUAAAUCGGGUAUAUUUGCAACUUUUAUUAAUCCAAUAUUGAUGUAUAGAGGCUUGGUCAACAAGGAAUGGCAAGAAUUAAAGGAAUCUGCCAAUUAUCAAAGGUUAUAUUACUAUUUGAAAGUUAUUUCUGAUAGGGCAUCCGGUAAGACCGUAUCCGUAGCAAGAUUUAUCCGUAAUUUAAUUAUUAGUCAUCCAGAUUACAAACAGGACUCCCAAAUUUCUGAAUUGAUUAACUAUGAUUUGACUUUAGUAUUUGAAAGAUUGACCAAUCUUGAUAACGCAAAUGACGAAAUCACCGCACUGUUUGGUCGUUCUACCGCUGAAUACUUGACAUCAACUAAAUUAAAUAAAUAG